AUGGCUGGCGCAUCCGCUGUCGCGGUGCUGCCGAGCACCAACACAGGUGAAGGCAGAGAUGAACAGCCGGGGUCAUCGAGCGCGACCUCGAGCAACAAUCUGCUGGCGUCGUUGAAGCCAGAAGAACAGAAGGAGCUCCGCGAGUAUGACAAGCUGCUGCUGUUUUACGACGAAGUCGUCCGCGGCCAACAUCCUCGCAUCAAGUUGCCCGAGAAAGCUGUUGUGGCCUCGGGCCAGCCUGCGCUCGAAUUUCUUGCUCCUUCUGUGCCUCUGGCUACAACUAGCCAACCCGCCACGCCCUCUUCUGCCCCUGCUGGUGACAAGAGCACAGUAACUUCUGCUACUACCGACCGUUCUGCAGUAGUUGACAGCGCCCGUGCGUACCAGGCAAACCAGAAGGCCCCGAGAGUACCUGUCCAAGCAAACAACAGUGCCAGCGUUAGCCUUCCCGGCCUCGGGAACUUUCCUGCUCCCUCGUCUAAGUCCCCCAGCUCUUCCAAGCCCGAAGCUGAAAACAAGAUGCCAGACGGUUUGCAACAGGAGAAGGACGCGAUCCAGAAGGAGCGCGAGCGCAUAGAGCAACGCCUCAGGGAGCAGCUCGAACAACGACGCGCCGCCGGUAAGGCCGGAGCUGAGCAGUUGCCAGACCUUGACGUCGCCGAUAUUUUUGAGAAAGUCAUGUCCCAGAGUCAAGAAGCGCCCGCGGCGGCCAGUGCUGCUGCUCAACAACAACCUGUCCGAGCUACUGAUCACACAGCUGCCAAUGCCUCGACUUCCUCUGCCGAGCCGGUAUCUGACAAUUCGACCUUCUACUCGAGCCACCUUGACACGCCCGAGUCGGGCCUGGUUGCCCGCAUCCCUACAUCCCCGUCUGAUACUGAGAUGCGCGAGGCGUCGCGCGAAGGUUCGCCGUAUGAGCCCGAACUGGAUGAGCCCGUUGUCAUUCAAGCCCAACCUGCGCCCGCGCUUGCUCAAGCUAUUCCUGGGAUUGCUCCCGGGCAGCCUGUACAACAACCUCAAACAUAUCAGGGUCCUGGUGUUGCUGGCCCCUCCAGGGCGUAUGCUCCUGCUGGUCCUAGCCAACUGAGGGAUUCUGCCCGGCGUGAGGAAGCAUACCAACAGGCUAUGGCUCGUCCUCCUUCUCCUCGUAUCUACUCCCAUGAGCUCUCACCUGUUGCUCCCCAGCCUACUCAUGUCCUCCCCCCAGGCAUAACCAGACGACAAGAGAUGCGCGCCACUGCCUCCAGCAGCGGCUCCCAGGCGACCCCAGCCCAAGUUUCUGCCCUGAGGAAGCAGGGCUCCAACCCAAGCACCCCCGAAGGCUCCCCGCGACAGGGCAGUCGUGGCGUCGAAAAGAAGAAGAAGAAGAAAAAGAGAAAGGCCGACCGUGCUGCCGAGAAUGCCGCACCCUCUCCGUACAUCAAGCCCGAACCCCGUUCCCCAUCUCCUUUUUCCUCUCGUCCGGCUAAGCGGCAGAAGCAGUCACAGAACCAGCAACAGCAGCCUGUUGAGAUCCAUGACGAUGAGCCCGCUAGGUAUGAGCCACCUCCUCCUCCGGCCCGCGUUGACGAAGGCAGCCAGGAGCGCUAUCCGCCUCGGGUUGUCAGGCAGGAACGUGUCGUGGGCUAUGAGCGCGCCGAUGACUACCAUCAUCGUUAUGAGACCUCGCCUAGAUACCAGCGCGUUGAGGCCGUUUAUUAUGACGACUGUAGGGCACCGCCUCCUCCGGGUAGUGCGUAUGAGUACCGCGAAGUACGUACCGUGCGACCUGCUUCUCGGUUGGUCGAGGCUCAGUACGAAGACGGUCCUGGUGCGGCUUACUACCGGGAAGUUCCUCCCCGGGCGGUGUCGAGGAUGAGUAUGCACCCUCCCUCGCCGGUCAUAUAUGAGCAGCCGCCGCCGCGCCGCAUCGUUGUCGACCAGUAUGGCCGCGAGUACAUUGAGCCUGUCCGCGCGACGGCUAUUGUGCGGGAGGAGCCCUACGACAGGCCCCCUCCCCCUAGGGCUGUCUCUCGUCGACCUGAUCCUCUCGAUGACGAAGUCCACAUGUACCGGCCCACGUCCUCAGGUUAUGCGGUUCCUCCUAGGCGUGUUCUUACCACUCAACAACCGGAGUAUGCCUACCGUGACCCCGAACCCCGCGGCACCAUGCCCCCUCCGCCUCUCCCACAAGAAUAUGCUCGCCCUGAACCCCCGAGGGAGUACAUCCCCCGACCGGCGAGCGUACGCCCUGUCGAAACUGUCCGCUACGAACCUGUUCCUGCAAGCUACGAGCGAGUCCCCCCUCCUCCACCUGCACAUCUAGACGACCGUCCCCCAAGAGAGAGCCAGAGGGAAGCGGGUUAUUACCGCGCUGCAAGCGUCCAUCCAACCCUAUCAAGCAGCAUCCCCCGCUACGAAGUCUACGACCGCCGUCCUCCCCCUCCUCCUGCAGAGCGUCCUCCGGAAGAUAGACAUUUCGUCCCCCCUCCGCAGCCUGCUUUGGGAAGAGCGGGGAGUGUCCGCCCUGUUGACCCCACACCUCCUACAGCACGGUAUGAGUACGCACCGCCGCCGUCGAGUAGGGGGGUUGUCUACGCGGAGAGUGUGACGGCUACGCCGGUGUUGGGGAGGGAAGUUAGGGCUUGGAGCGUCAUGCCUGAUGGAGAGGUGCCAGUUAGGAGGGAGUUCCCUCCUCCUCCUCCUCCUCCUCCUCCUCCUCCUCCUCCGCCGCCGCCGCCGCCGCCGCCGCCGCCUCCACAAUACAUCCGUCCGGUGCAAGACAGAGAGCGAGAUGAUGAUGUUAUUUACAUUGAGAGGGGGCUUGCACAGGGAAGGGAUAGGGAACGUGAGCGAGAGAGGGAGUAUCGGUGA